AAUGCAUCCAAUAAAUGUUCCGAAUCAUCCAACAUCAAAAAUUUGUUCAUUUUGUAAACAAACGCACGAUCUGUCAAAUUGCAAAGACUUCAUGUCAUUGACAGUCGAUGACAGAUGGCAUUUUAUUAAAAGGAAUAAAAUCUGUCACCGCUGUCUUAAAAGAGGUUUCCACAUUUUUAAAACGUGCAAUAGGAAUAAGUUAAAUUGUCAGGCAAACGGUUGCGAUGCAAAACAUCACAUGCUAUUACACGAUCCAAAUUUUAAACCUAAUCACAUUUCGGCCGCUCAUAAUAAUAUCGAACAAUCAUCUCCUUCAACGUCAUCUAACUCAAAACCUGAUACGGUAGCUAUCAACGCAACCGAUACGCUAGUUAACAAUCCUGCAUUACGUCCCUUAUUAAAGGUAGUGGCUGUUACCGUGUCUGGGCCUGCUGGUAGUGUCGAUACGUUUGCACUACUAGACGACGGGUCUACAGCCACGCUGAUCGACUCCGACAUCGCCUCUCGAAUAGGCGCUGAAGGUCCUCAGGGACAAAUUCAUUUAGAUUGUGUAGGUGGUUUAACAAAAGAUAGCGCCGUGCAGUAUGUGGAUUUUGAAAUAAAAGGUCGUUGUUCUGAUACGAGUUACCCUAUUCAAGGGGCGAGGUCGAUAAAGGACUUAGGGCUGCGCAGCCAGUCUGCGCCACGAGAAAGCCUCCAAUCAUUUCCGUAUUUAGCUGACAUAGUACACGAAUUAUGCUACGAUGAAGCGAGGCCCAUGCUGAUUAUAGGUGUCGAUAACUGGCCUCUCAUAGUCGCGUCCGAGACCAGAAGUGGUUCGAAGUCUCAGCCGGUUGCCAUUCGAACUCAACUGGGAUGGGUUUUAUUCGGGUUUUCGAGUAGCAAAACUCGUGUGGUUACUUCGUCCACUCCUGUGUUUCACAUGAUUUCACACGACGAUCCGAGGCAUGAAUUGGAAGCUCUCAUCAAAGAACAAUACCGCCUGGACGCUAUUGGAAUUACCAAACAUGAGCUUCGUAGUGUCGAUGAUGAGCGUGCUGUCCAGAUUUUGCGUAAUACGACACGUCGCUUACCUAACGGACGCUUUCAGGUAGGCCUACUCUGGAAAUCUGAUAACAUUACGGUUCCUGAUAGUUAUUCUUUAGCGUUUUCAAGAUUCAAAAGUCUUGAAUCAAAAAUGAUAAAAGACCCCGCGUAUGCUGAACGUUACCGUAAGAACAUACACGACAUGCUAGCUAAAGGUUACGCCGAGGAGUGCACGGGGCAGCCGCCGAAGCCGCUUUGUUGGUAUUUGCCGCACUUCGGAGUGGUGAAUCCUAACAAACCAGCGAAACUCCGUGUAGUCCACGAUGCCGCCGCCAAGACACAAGGGGUGUCUCUUAAUUCAUUACUUUUGCCUGGCCCUGAUUUUUUACAACCAAUCCUUGGAAUUUUGAUGCGUUUUAGGGAAGGAAAGAUUGCCUUAACAGCCGACAUUAAGGAAAUGUUUCCGCAAGUUAAAAUUCAGGAAGAUGAUCGGGAUGCGCAACGUUUUUUGUGGCGAGAUGAUCCUAACGGUCCGAUUAAAACGUUUCGCAUGUCUUCCAUGAUUUUUGGUGCUUGCUCUAGUCCGUCGACAGCGAUUUUCGUGUUAAAUAAAAAUGCAUCAGAGUUUCAAGACGAAUUUCCCGAGGCAGUAGAAGCCAUCGCAUCCGAUACGUAUAUGGAUGACUACAUAGGGAGUGUUGAUUCGGUUGAAAAAGCGAAACAUUUGGCAGCAAAUAUAUGUGAAAUUCAUAAGCGAGGCGGUUUCGAAAUGCGUGGUUGGGUAUCCAACAACCCCGACGCUUUAGAGCUACUGCAUAAAGAGUUGUUGUCCGACCUCUCAGUUGCCGAUCACUCUAAUGUUGAUUUAGGUAGUUCUCUGUCACCCACUUCAUUCACUCGCACUCUGGGAUUAUUUUGGGACCCGGUUAAUGACGUACUAGGUUUUAACCCUGGUAUCAAACAACCCCAUCAUUUCACCAAGAGGGAAGUACUGGCACAGGUCAUGCGCAUCUAUGAUCCAUUAGGUCUUUUAGCUCCCAUAGUAGUGAGAGGUCGGAUACUUUUUCAAAAUUUGUGGCGCAAGGGACUCGGAUGGGAUGAAAGGUUAUCGGAUGCAGAUCAAAUAACGUGGAAUGAAUGGUUCGAAAGUCGGAAGUCUAUCCUACAGUUUCAAGUACCGCGAUGUUACAAUUUAAGCGAUUUCAGUGAGUUGGAGUUACACGUUUUUUGCGAUGCCAGCGAAUUGGCCCAUGUUGCCGUUGCGUACUGGAGGUUUGUUCUUCCUAACGGGGAAGUGAAACUCGCGCUUGUGGCUAGCAAGGCACGGGUAUCUCCGCUUAAGCCCGCUUCGAUUCCCCGAUUGGAAUUGCAGGGAGCUUUGAUAGCUUCUCGGCUGGCCACGACUAUUGGAGAUGCACAUCGAAUCAAACCAAGUCGGCGUUUUUUCUGGACUGACUCAAUGACUGUAUUGGGGUGGCUGCGAAGCGACGCACGUAAUUUUAAGCCAUUUGUGGCCCAUCGCGUCGGCGAAAUAUUGGAAAACAGCCAUAGUACCGAGUGGCGUUGGGUUCCAAGCGAACUUAACGUGGCUGACGACGCGACUAGGGGGACAUGCGGCAUUGAGUCACGAUGGAUAUUUGGUCCAGACUUUUUAUUAGCUCCAAUCAGUGAGUGGCCUGCGGAAAAGGCUUCGAUAUCGUCAGAUUUAGGACAAGAGGAGCUCAAGUCACCCAUUUCUCAUGACGUCAUACCACUCGAACAUGUUUCAGAUUCCAUCAACGUUAUUCAUUCAUUAAAUCAGCUUCCCUUACCAGUAGUAGCAGACGUCACUCAUUUUAGCUCUUGGAUUAGACUGGUAAGGGCGACUGCUAGGGUCCAUGUAUUUCUCGCGCUCAUAUUCAAAAAUCGGGGUCACAUUUUUCAAAAUUUUUGGGUUGGGGAUAUUUGUUUAACGCAAAGAUCAGGUUUUCAAUCUUCGACCCCUUCCGCCACGGCUCCUUGCCUAUUGCCGCUAAAAGCUGAGGACAUUCUGCGUGCGGAACGACAUCUUCUGGCUCGGAGUCAGCUGAACGUUUUUCAAGAGGAAAUGCUCUGUCUGAUGCGCCACCAACCCGUGCCAAGAAAGAGCCGCCUUGUCACACUAUCCCCGGUGUUGAAGGAUGGAUUGCUGUGCCUCGCGGGGAGAACAUCGUCGACUUUGGCGCAGCUACCGGUAAUUUUGGAUGGCAAAGAGCCACUGGUACGCCUUCUUAUUCUUCAUUACCACGAGAAAUUCGCUCAUUGCAACACGGAGAGUGUCAUUAAUGAACUGCGGCAGAAGUUUUGGAUUCUCGGCAUACGAAACGCUGUUCGGUGGGUCAUACAUAGAUGUCAGACUUGUAAGCUGCUUCGGAGAUCAACGCUCUGUCCUCCAAUGGGAGAUCUUCCGGAGGAAAGAUUAGCUCACCAUCAGCGCCCUUUCACUUUUACCGGCAUUGAUUAUUUUGGACCAGUUGAAGUUGCCAUCGGUCGCAGGAAGGAAAAACGUUGGGUGGCAUUAUUUACGUGCAUGGUUACAAGAGCCAUCCACCUUGAGAUCGUUGCAAGCCUUUCUGCGGAUGCGGCUAUUAUGUGUCUUCGGAGGUUCAUCGCGCGUCGAGGCACACCGAGCGUCAUUUUCUCCGACAAUGGCACGUCAUUUGUUGGAGCAAGUCGGCAACUUCGGGUCCUCUACGAUAUUGCGGUUUCGGACUACGCUGCGACCAAUAAAAUCGUCUGGCGCUUCAUACCCCCUUCGGCUCCAUUCAUGGGCGGCGUCUGGGAACGAUUAGUACGAAGUGUCAAGUCAGCGCUGAAGGUGACAUUGCGGGAGCGGAAUCCUCGAGAGGAAGUUUUGAUGACCCUAUUAUCGGAGGUAGAAGCUAUACUGAAUUCGCGGCCUCUGACGCAUAUAGCUCCAGAUCCAGACUACCCCGAAGCUUUGACUCCGAACCACUUCCUGAUUGGCGGGUCGUCGGGCCAACCUUUUCCUGCGGAUGGGCUUUGCGAUACCGAUUUGAUGGGCAGGAGCUGUUGGCGGAAGGCGCUCCGUCUCGCGGACCAUUUUUGGCGUCGUUGGAUGUCGGAAUAUUUACCAACCCUGGCCCCACGACGUGUACCGGGAGUGGAUGUUCAGAUUAAGGUCGGGGACCCUGUUCUCAUUGGUGACGGAGAUCUACCAAGGGGAACCUGGCCUCGGGGUGUGGUCGAGGCCCUGUUUCCGGGUCGUGACGGCGUGGUCAGGGUGGUAGAUGUUCGGACAGCGAGUGGAGUCCUGCGGCGCCCACUUAGGAAAAUCGUUCUCCUCUAAAAAAGGGGAGGAUGUCCACGAAUGGACACUUUUUGAUAAAUAUGUAUACUUUUUUACGCUAUGUUUUUUUUAUUGUCUAUUAACUUUCGAUGUUCGCUUUUUUAUUAUUAAUGUCACUUGAGGAAGAAUAGACGGAAUACGUUUCUGAAACUGCAUUUUAUUGAUACGACAGAAUUAGAAUAGUUAGUACG